UGACGCAGGGCGCAGCAGCGGCCGACUAACGGAUUACUGAUCGAUCGUCGACCUGACCAGACAACCUAGAUCUCCUUGCGCAGCCUUUACUUCAUAACGGAUAUAUCUCUUUAUUUCCCAGCUAUUUUUUAUUUGCAGAAACAUGACAAAAGGAGCAGCUUUUCUUUUCCGCCUGUGGAAACGCGACUGAACUUUUUUUGUGUUUGACACACAGAGGAGGAAAAAGUAAGAAUCUAAUCAACUUGAAUUUAGAGAAAAAGAACAAAAACAAAAUGGUUUUAGUGUGGAAUAAAGCGUUUGGAAAAUCAAACACACGAUAACUAGAACAAUUAACAACAACAACAAAAAAAGUGUUUAGUUUCCAGAGCGGAAAUGAGAUCAGUCCAUAUGUUUGGCUCCAGUUUUUCUAAAACAUGGUGGAUAUUUGAUUCCUGGUGUAUCUGACUUUUCCAUGACUUCUGAACAUUUUAAAUAUUUUGAUUUUUAACAUGAUUAAAGGAAAAAUGUUUGCCGGGCUGAUGGGACUGGACUGUCACCUGAACUCACUGCAACACCGGUGCGAAGGAGCUGAAGGUGGCAAAGCAUCCGGGACAGCUGGCAACUCUGGCCGUAAGAGGCUCCACAGGAGGCCAGGGUACAUGAGAGGAGAGCAGGCCAGGCUGCAGUGCACAGCUCUUGCUCAGGAGGAUGAGGAGGAGGAGGAAGAGGAGAGCAUCGCUUGCAUUAGGAAAGGAAAAUCUGGACGUCGCACUGAUGUCACCGAGGCAACCACAGUUCAAGUGUUGAGUCAAACUCCUGCUGUUAAAAUGUCUUUAAUGAACAAUCAGCGUUGCACAAAAUCUACUGGUUCACAUAGUAAAAACGGACCCGGCUCUGUAAAUGGAGUUCAGAAACCAGUGGGCCACCUGGUCCAGUCCUCUCCGUCUCAGAAUGAACUCUAUCCAAGCUUGCAGUCUUCGUCUCAGGACUCUUUUAACUCAAGUUUUAGCUUCAUCCAGCAGUCCCUUAGCUGCAUCCAGAGGACAGAAGCAACAAGUCAACCAGCUAGUUUAGAAAAAAGAGGAGAGGUAUCAUCCUGCAAGCACGUUCCUUUAAAGCAGUCAUCUCCCACCCAGUCACUGCCACCCUCGGCUCCAGGCAGUCAGGUCCACAGAGAGGAGCAGUCAUGUGCGGGGAGAAGCUGUCGGGACUCUCUGUUGGGUGGCAAAGAGGAAAUUCCUCACCUUCUAAACUGUGAGUCCCAACCUCUUGACAUAGAGGUUAUUUCCUCCCUGUCUGUGGACUCGGACACGGCCUCCGCCUCCUCUGUCACCUCUGGCUAUGAAAGCGCCACGCCUGCCUCGGAGCAAGGCUGGGAGAUCCUGGUGAAGAAGUACGAAGGGGUACUACAAGACUGCCUCCAAAACAACCGUGCUUACACCAAGAUCGAGUCCAUGAUGAUGAAGCUUCAGAGGCUCCAGCAGAAAGCCAUUCUGGAUGACGACUAUGAUGCAGCUGAGCGGUUUGGGAAGAAGCUGGAGGAGCUGUGCAGAGAGCGUGGAUCUCUAAAACUGGGUUUACCCUCCAUGCAGCCCAGUGUGGCUCUGUUCCUGGAGAGACUCACAAAGGUGGUACACAGCGCCCUCCAGAGGGCAGACUGCAGCCAAUGCAGAGAGGCGUCUGAACCAGACUCAGUGGAGCAGCCUGACCUGCUGCAGGCCGCAGUGCAACGAAGGGAUCACUUGAUUCAAGAAAAUCGUCUGGUUGAGGAGGAAAUUGAGGAGCUCCAGAUAAGGCUGACAAGGCUGAAGGAUCGUAGUCGAUGUCUGGAGAAACUGAUCCUGCAGGAGGAGCAGCGGGUGGAGGACAUGGAGCUGGAAGGCUCAGUUCUGAGGAGCUGCGGUGUGGCUCAGCUCCGGGACAUGAGCCGGACCCUGCAGGACCUCGUCACGUCUGAAAACCGCACGCAGAUCUCCGUCUCCCCUCCACCCUCAAAACUCAGACUCCAAGAACAGGAGCAGGCACUAAACCUUUCAAUAAAGGAAGCUACAGCGAAGGUGGUCAUGAGUCAGAGACUGGGCAGCAGCCUAAGGAGAAAAGUCAGUGAGACCGAAACACAGCUUUUGACUCUGCAUGAAGCCAAACUGGCGGCCAUAUCUGGUAAUGACUUUGGCUGUGCCAAGGAGUUGAAAGCUGAGAUGAAGGCGGUGUACCUGGAGCGGGACCGACUGGAGGCCCUGGCCAAGAGACUGCACAACCUCAGCUCGGGGAGCAGCCAGGAGCUGAGCAGGAUGAAGGAGCAGCGACAGCUGCUCAGACAGGAGCUGGAGGAGAGGGAAGCCUUGCAUGAAAGCCAGUUGAAAGAGAAAACCACCAAAUAUCUGGAGCUGUUGGAGGACAGAUUGCACAGCUGUGACUGUCCUGGGUUGGAGCGUAUCUGGGAAGCUGACAUGGAAGCUUGUCAACUUUUUCUACGAGGUCUGCAAUUGCGAACAUCCAGCUGCGGUGCAGCAAACAUGAACGACGUCCCUGCUGCAACAGUUUUUGCCUCAACCGAGCCUAGCAACAAAGAGGAAGAAGAGGAAGAUUGUGCAAUGCUUACUGCUUUAGGAGGUCGUUGGUGUCCUGAGGCCAACCUACAGAACUCAGAGUUCACAAAGAAGCUGGAGGAGUUUUUGUUCUGCAUGGAGGAAAAUCACCCAGAGGAUGUGUGCAGCGAGGCCGAUGCUACAGACCUAACGGAGCGCUGUGAGCUGAUCGGUGACAGACUAAUGGCCUUGGAGGACAAACUGCAGACAGCUAUACUGAAUCGGGAUCUAGCCCUCACCCAGUCUUUGGAAAAAGAAGUUCAGGAGGUAAAAUCCACUUUACAAAGCAUGCUCGCGCAACUGCAGAUGGAAGAAGAGGAAGCGGGGCUGUCGGAUGAGUUGAUAAAUGAUGAAUCCAAAGUGCAAGUAGAGGCAACAGAAGAAGAGGAGGAAGAAGAAGAGGAGGAAGAGGAAGAAGAGGACCAAUACUUCAGUGACAGUUGGGACAUUUAAGGUGGAUGCCUAAAGGGUUUUGGGAGCCCAGCCACAGGUGGGAUGAUGGGAGCAGAACCUCAGUGCAGAAGCAUAUCUGACCUCAGAUCAGUUUACUACCAGCCUCUGAUCUGAAAGUAUAAACUACACAGUGCCUUACAAAGGGUUUAUAUCCUGGAACCUUUUUUCACAUUUUGUCAUAUUAGAACCACAAACCUUUGAGUAUUUCACUGGACGACACUCAUCAACAAACACUAGAGCUGUAGCAUAAAAUUAAAGGAAAUCAUGUAUAAUUUAUAAAGUCUUAACAAGAAAAAUCUUAAUAGUUGCCUCCUGAGUUGCACAGCAGUUAGAGCUUUAAAAAAAAUUAUUCUAUCUGCCAGUUCAUGGAGAACAGCUAUAAAUAUACAUUUUAAGUUUUACCUUGCACUAAAAUGCUCUUAAUUUGAUUUUAAUUGGACCAUAUAUAUAAUUGCAUUUAGAUCUAAACCCUUAAAUUAAAGCUCUGCCCGGCUGUUUAGGGUUAUCCAAGCGUCUUAUAUUAGAUUCUGAACCACAAACAGAUUUUCUUUGAGAAUGGACGUGGAUUUAACUCCUAUCUUCACAUCAACCUCUUUCUCUUCUGUAGAAAGCUAUCCCCCUUUGAUAAUGCUGCCUCCACCAUGUUUUAUAAUGGGAUAAUGGUAAUAGUGUGCAGUGUGUUCUACCACACAGUUUGUAACUGGCCUAAAUUUGAUCACCUCCUUCCACAUUUACUGUGCCCCCUGCAUGAAUCGUAGAAACUUGAAGCAGCAUACAUUUUGGCUCUGUGUAAAUAAUGCUUUUAUUUUUCCUACUGUGCCAUAAUGGCAGUUUUAUUAUUUGCAGUACAAGUAAUAACAACAUAAACAGAUUUCCAUACAUUGUCUCUGCAUCUCCAGUUAUCAUAAGCCUCUCAGACAAAUUCACUGAUUAUUGUUGAUAGGCAUCCAUUUGGCUUAUAAUCUUUUUAAUCUAAAUGAUAUUUAACUGCACUGCAAUAUAAUAAAGCAGUUGUUUAUUGUUUUAUAACCUGAUCCUGCUUUAUGGUUUGUUUGGUUUAGUGAUAGACCCCAACUUGAAACCUCUAUAGAUAAUUAUUUCUAUUUACUUUAUGUCGAUUUGUUACAUUAAAUACUGAGAAAUGGUUUGUGGUCCUAAUGUGAAAAGAUGUAAAAAAUGUCCAAGAGGUAUUAAUGCUUACCAAACAAAGUUAUUUCAAAUAUAUGAAGGAUCUGAAGGAAACAAUGCUUAUGAGACACUUGUUACUUUUUUUUUUUUUAAUUGUUUCUUUAACCACUUUGGAUCUUAAUUGAUAAACAUUGCUGUGACAGUUUAAUAUGUAGUCUUACUUUUGUUAGUUUUGAUUCCCCAAGCUAACAGAGCCUUUAACCCCUUGUCAGCAGCAGAAAUUAAAUUCUGCAAGGACAAUCCGAACAGUUAUAACUGUUAACUUGUUUUUUUUGCACACAAACUAAUGUUAAUGUCCUAAUUCAGCAUCAGCGAACUACUUUUUCUGUUUCCUGUAAGGAUUAUUUGUACUUGCACAUAAUUGUGUUCAAUGAAGAACCCAUUUCUGUGGUGCUAAAAAAUGUGACUUAACUUAAACACUAUUUUUUUUGUGGAAAAGGCAAUAUUUGGGUUGUUUUGCUUUUUUUAUGCAGCAUGUAGUGAGAAACAUGCUCUGAAUAAAAAUGCUUAAUAUUGAGAUUCA